GCUUAAUUAAGUGUCCCGUCAGUGCUGAUAGGCUGGAAGCAUGUGCUUAACUCUCCUCUGUAUGCUUUUAACAUGUGUGUAUGGUUGAGCUUGCUUUUUUUUUUUUUCCAGGCAUGACCUAGGCUGCUAGGACAGCUUUUCAUCCACGCACAUUUUUCCUUAAGUAAUUCUUUUUUUCAUUCCUGGUCUGAGUCAAAUUAUCUGGCCUGCACUACUCAAAAGGAUCAAAGGGUCACUUCCGGACCCGGCUCUCUACUGUAGGCUCCAUUUUGCCAUUGCUCGAGGGUCUCCAGGGGGCUUGGCAUGUCUGCUCCGAUUUACACUUGGUUCAGCACAGCUGGCACGCGGCUGCAGCAGAUGCAGCCCAUCGGCUGAGGACUUUGUGCACCAUCCUAUUGCUGAUUAUCCUCAUGGCGAUCUGCAGGCCAUCUUCUCCCAGGGACAGACGCAGCUCUCUGGCUCACACUGUGUACUUCCCAUGCUGAGCUGGGAUAUUUUAAGGCUGUAGAGUCACCUGGGGUGGGAUACAUAUGACUCAAUCCAGACACUUAAUAUGUAGCUGCCUGCGAGGUAUCUAAAACUCUCCUCACAGUAAAUAAAUAAGAAAUCAAGGGAGUCUUGGGUGCAGCCAAGUUCAUCCUAAAGUGGACAUCAUUGUACAGGGAGAUGAUUUGUCCCAGAAGUGCUAGGUUCUCUCUCUUGGCCAUUGAUGGAGCUUUUUUCGUGAGGAUGUGACUUCCUCUCUUGCAAUGAGAGCUUAAGUUUCCUACUACGGCAGCAUGUGCUAAAUCACUGUCAUCGUUGCAGCUCCUGACAACCUUCUGGAAGGAAGCGGCUGUGCAUUUUCCCAAGGGCCAUUGUGCCUGGGAGCAAAUUGCUGGGGUAUCAUGCAGGAAAAUGAGGAUACCGUGGCCCAGCUGGGUAAGGGUCUCCGGGUCUCCAGAAUUCAGCAGUGACACUAUACCCUGCUUACCCAACCUCCAAAACCCAGCAGGGCCUUGCUAACAUUGACUCAUGUUCUUGGUGACAAGAACUGCCCACAACACGAAGCUCUUGCCUAGUUUCCCCCUUUCCUGGUUUAGGAUUUCCUAUUUCCACAGUGCGAUAUAGCUGCUCAAGUGAAAAGCAGAGGAGAGACCUGUGUUUUAAGUUUUCUCUGGGACGGUCAGGAAAGGAAAAAAAGUCCUUACAAUGCAAGAGGUCCACCCCACUUACCUGUAGACAUCUGAAGUUGUUUGCAUCUACAUUUAGUAACCAAAAUAGAGGCCACUACCUGGCCUGCAGAAUCAGUGGAACCAGGAGAAUAAUCCAGCUUUUCCUGAAGUGGACAAUAGGAAAAGGUUUGGAGGCCCAGUUCUAGAUACUUAGUGCUGUGAGCUGUUGUAGGGUACACAAACAACUUACAUGGGACAUGCAGAUACGAGAUAGGACCUAUGCUGUUUCAGACCAAUAGCUGGAAGAAAGGCAGGAUACUCCACUGCACCUAAACUGACACCAGACACCAACAUCUGCCUUCCAUCCAGAUUUCCAUGGUCUGUAAAGGCAGUUCAGCUUGCCAGCUCACACACAUGCACUUAAAACUAAUCUAGGCAUCAACAUGAAGCCUGCCCCUGAUGCAGCUUUUGAUAACUAGGCCAGCGCCUAAAUUGCCAUGAGGUCAGUCCUAACCCUGGUGCACGUCUGGGGACUUGGAGGUGGAAUCCAGUGGCGCCGCUGCCCUGCUGUGUUUGUGCGCCCUUCCACGCAGGCGUUAUUCUUGCUUGACCCCGUUUUCUCUCCCCGUGCCCAGCUGAAGGCAGGCUGGCAGGCCAGAUGGACAAGGCGAGCUCGCAGCAGGAGGUUUCUAAACCCACCGAACCGAAGAUGAUGUUGCUGGAGAUCUCUGGAGGGGAUUUUCCCCAGCACCUUAAGCAAGGCAACAGCCGGAGCCAUCGGGAGAAGAGGCAGCUCGAAAAUCCACCACGGAAGAAAACACCUCAAGCCAUCCUUUCUGGGGAAGGAUGCAAAGGAGAGAAGGCAACCAAAGCCCAGCAGAAAAUCCCUGCAGGAGAGCAGAAGAACAUGCGUGGGGAAUGCGGGCAAAGCUUCAGCCGAAACUCCCAGCGAACCCACACCGGGGAAAAGCCGUACCAGUGCCAGGACUGCGGGAAAAGCUUCAACCUGAGCUCAAACCUCAUGACCCACCAGCGAACCCACACAGGGGAGAGGCCCUACGAAUGCCUUCAUCCAGAGUUCGCAUCUGAUUCGCACCGGCGGCUGCACGUGGGCGAGCGCCCUUACCCCUGCCUGGACUGCGGGAAGAGCUUUUUCCAGCGCUCGCACCUCCUGCGGCAUCAGAAGCUGCACGUGGUGGGCAGGCCCCAUGCGUGCUUGAUGCCCCGAAGCUUCAACAGAAGCUUGCACCUCAUCGUCCACCAGCGCGCACACACAGGUGAGAAACCCUAUGAGUGCCUGGACUGCGGGAAGAAGUUCAGCGUCAACUCCAACCUCAUCCCUCACCAGCACACCCACACCGGGGAGAGGCCUUACACUUGCCUUAACUGCGGCAAAAGCUUCAGCCGGAGCUCCCAUCUGAUUAAGCAUCAGAGACUCCAUGCUGGGGAGGAACCUUAAACAGAGGUCUUCUUCCAAGUCCCAGAGCCCUUUGUCUUGUCUAAAGAAUAAUUAAUAAAAAAAAAGUCUCUGAAGGGACACAAAGUCACUCUCAGAUGUGGUCUUAACCCAGCCUGCAGGGCCUCUGUGUGGUCAUUACACACUCACAAGUCCCCCGUGGGGUGCGACCCCUCAUGAACCAGCCUGAUGCCCCCAUAAGCUCAGCAGCUUCCUCGUACAGGAACUGUCAG